CUUUUCGGAUGGUCUACAUGCUACAUUCAACUGGGCGUAGAGCUUGUCGAAACCAUGCCGAUGUAUUCGAACGAAUCCACUGCGGCUCCAAAGCCGCAGUUUGAGAUGGACAAGGAGUCGGAAAGGCUGUUUUGCAAGUUUGUCGACAGCAUGCCACAGAAGCCCGAGGGAAUGGUUCGACUGUUCGAUCGAGGAGAUUACUACAGUGCCCAUGGCUCCGACGCGCUGCUCGUCGCCCAGCAGGUGUACCGUACAAACAAUGUUAUCAAGUACCUUGGCUCUGGAUCAACACCACAGGCCACCUCGUCCACCAGCACAUCCGCCAUGACCGCUCGAGGCCUUCCGUCUGUCAGCAUCUCACAAAGCCUGACCACCAUCUUUCUUCGUGAAUGCUUGACGACGAAGCAGAUGCGAGUGGAGAUAUAUCAGCCUGAGAACGGUGCUGGAGGAAGGAAGAAUCAUGCCCGGUGGAUCCUCGCAAAGAGCGCUAGUCCUGGACAUAUCAGCCAGGUCGAGGAUAUGCUGUUCAAUCAGACGGAUCUGGAAGUCAACGCUGUCAGUAUGGCUCUACGUGUACAUGUCAAAGACGGUCAGAGGACCGUCGGAUGCGCUUUUGCCGAUGUACAAGAGAAGAUACUGGGUGUUGCAGAGUUUGCAGAGGAUGAAGCGUUUGGCAACACCGAGUCCCUCCUCAUCCAGCUUGGGAUCCGAGAAUGCGUGCUUCAAACGAAUGAGAAGCGAUCCGACCACGAUCUGACGACAAUGCGCACUUUGGUAGAACGUUGUGGCAUCAUGGUGACUGAACUCAAAUCAGCCGACUUCAAAUCCGAUUCUGUAGAGCAAGAUCUUCGUCGACUCCUCAAUGAGAGUCACAGCGAUGCUGCCUUGCCCGAGUUCGAUCUCAAACACGCAAUGUCAGCCAUGGCAGCUUUGACCAAAUUCUUGUCCCUCGCAUCGGACUCUACCCUUCAUGGCCAGUUCCGCCUGCAUCGCCAUGACCUCUCACAAUACAUGAAACUCGACGCCUCGGCUCUUAAAGCGUUGAAUCUGAUGCCGAAUCCGCAGGAGCUCGGCGGAAGCGCCAACAUGAGUCUGUAUGGUCUUCUGAACCGGUGCUAUACCAGUCAGGGAAAGAGAUUACUCGGACGAUGGCUCAAGCAGCCACUCAUCAAUCUGCACGAGAUCAACAAGCGUCAGGGCGUGAUUGAGACCUUCUUCGACGACUCGUUCACCCGUCAGCAGAUCCAGAAAGAUUUCCUCAAAGCAAUGCCAGACUUGCAUCGACUGAGCAAGAAGUUUCAUCGGAAAGCUGCGGACCUUCAAGAUGUCGUUCGUGUCUACCAAGCGGUACAAGAGCUUCCGAAACUGAAGCGAUUGCUGGAGGAAGUCGCGCCAUCCGAACCGAGCAACAAGGAAUUGAUCAACGAGAUCUAUCUUGCGCCUCUGACCGAACACAUCGAUAACCUCGCCAAAUAUCUCGAGAUGGUCGAAGAGACGAUUGACCUGGCAGAAAUGAGCAGGCACAACAUUGUCCUUCGGGCCGAACUUGACGCUGAUCUCCAAAGAGUCAAGGAGAAGCUGAUAAUUGUCCGAGAUGGCCUCGAUGAGGAGCAUGCCAGAGUUGGACAGGCACUAGAUCUGGACAUUACGAAAAAGCUGCACCUUGAGAAUCAUCAAGUCUAUCGAUACUCGUUCCGCAUUACAAAGGCUGAGCAAGCGAAAAUCCGUGGCAACAAGGAGUAUAUCGAUCUCUCGACUCAAAAGUCUGGGUCCAUUUUCACAACGAGGACGUUACGAGAUCUCAGUGACGAGUACUUCAAGCUUCAGAAGGAGUACAAUCAUCGCCAGAGGGAUCUCGUAGUGCAGGUGGUUGGCAUAGCGGCCACCUAUACAUCGGUCCUGGAGCUGCUGGACGACCUCAUUGCCUCGAUCGAUGUCUCAGUCAGCUUGGCACACGUCUCGGCGAACGCGCCAGUGGCCUACGUUAGACCGAGACUGACCGAGAUGGGAACGGGAGACCUGAUUGUCCGCGGCGCUCGACAUCCCUGCCUGGAAGUCCAGGAUGAUAUCCAGUUCAUCUCCAACGAUCAUAUUAUGCGAAAAGAUGAAAGCGAGUUUGCCAUUGUGACUGGUCCGAACAUGGGCGGCAAAUCCACGUACAUUCGACAGAUCGGAGUCAUCGCCCUUAUGGCCCAGAUCGGAUGCUUCGUACCUGCAGAUGAGGCUCAGCUCCCAGUCUUUGACUGUGUCCUGGCUCGAGUCGGGGCCGGGGAUAGUCAAUUGAAGGGUGUCUCCACGUUCAUGGCGGAGAUGUUGGAGACCGCCACGAUUCUGAGAUCUGCUACAAAGAGUUCUCUCAUCAUUAUCGAUGAGCUGGGACGAGGAACUUCCACUCAUGAUGGAUUUGGUCUCGCUUGGGCGAUCAGCGAGGACAUCGCGAACAGGAUCCGCUGCUUCUGCCUCUUUGCGACGCAUUUCCACGAACUCACUACGCUCGAGUCAACUGUCAAACACGUCAAGAACCUUCACGUUGAAGCGCACGUCCAGUCGAGGGACGGUGGUCAGGGCAAGAGGGAAAAUGACAUCACAUUAUUGUACAAGGUCUCUGAUGGAAUAUGCGAUCAGAGCUUUGGUAUACAUGUCGCGGAGCUGGCAAACUUCCCAGAGAGCGUGGUCAAAUUGGCGAAAAGGAAAGCUGCAGAGUUGGAGGACUUUGGCGACGCUUCUGAAGAGCCUGCUCGCAAGUUCACCAAGGAAGAGACGGAGGAAGGCACCGCUCUUGUCAAAGCCUUCUUGGACGAGUGGAAGUCCCGGAUUGAGAGCGGGGGCAGAGAGAUGAGCCAUGACGAACAGGUAGCGGAAUUGAAAAAGGUUGGCUCAGAGUUCAGGAGCAAGUUCGAAGCUAGCCCUUGGGUAGCAGACCUCUUGGAGGGAUUUUGAACUUCGUCUCGCUCACCCAGAGAGACUCGUAUUGGCACGAGACCACAUGACAGCAUGAGCAGAGAUGAUGCAUGACCCUUGAUGAGCC